AUUCUGACGUACAGAAGGAUGGUAAAGAAGAAAGACCUAUUGAAGAUAUUCUUCAUAUACAUUUGUCUAUGUCAUCCGUCCCCAGCUCACCCCUGUGGUGACAACCCCUUAAGGAAUCUAAUGUUUAUAUCUGAACGUACAGGUCGUGGUAUUGAUUCUGUGCUGACACUUUUGAGACAAUUCGACAUUGCUGCCUAUAAACAUUUCCAGUUCUUGUUCAAUAAUUACGCCGCAUGUGUAGGAAUGGUGGACACUGGUUACUUCAAACGGAACGGCGGUCAUCCUGAUGGCCAGUCCACAUCUCAAGACAAUCCCAAUUCACAACUCACAGAUAUGCAUCUACAUGACAUCGUCAGUUUCAUCAACUCUAUGGGCAAUGGAAAUGCCAAAAGCAUGGACAAGCGACCCUCCCGCAUGAAUUUGCUUAAACGAGUGUUAAACCAAGCAGGACAUUUAAUCCAUGAUGGGCAAGAAUUCAGUCAACCGGAAAUAUUUGAGAGUAGCGGCACAAAAUGA